AUGUAACAAAACAUAGUGUUUGAUAUCUCCUCAGAGAAUAGCUCAUCAUCAGAUGAGGAUGAGUUCAUAAAAAUGGAUUAGCAAAACAGCUCAAUCUUAAGCAUAAGAGCUCCUAAUUUAUUCGAUAGUGAUACUCCCCAGGAAUUCUAAUAAAUCCCAGAAGCCACACAGUCGUUAAGAAAACAACACACAGUCACUUUCGAAACUUUGAAUACCAACGAAGGUGAAAGAAGACAGUUAAACAAAUGGAAUUUGUCAGAAAAAGAAAAUAGAAAUCGUAAUUCUUUUACAAUCACAACGGAAGUGACAGAAAAAGAUAGAGGGAAUAUAAAAAAAAAUGUAAAUGAAAUUAACAAUAACAAAUUAAGUCCAAUACAUGUAAUUAUUUGUAUUAAUUACAAUCUAGAAAAAUAACCCUAUUAGCCAAAGAGAGUCUCCAAUGUCAACUAUUCAUCAAUUGAUAAUUUCUAGAAUUAAUCUAUGGCAUAGAAAUUAUUAGAAUUGGAUUUACCUGCUCUUAUUUCAUAAAUUACAAAUAAGAGAAGAGUCAAUAAUAACAAUAACAAUAAUAGUUUUCAUAAUCACAAUAAUACUUUCUACAAUUCAAAUCCCAAACCCUAGAUGUCUCAAAAGUAAGGAUGUAUUGUUAGAUAAUCAUUUAAUAAACAAGGGUCCUAAGGGGAUAUACCAAUUGUGCAAUAAACUAGAGAGAGAUCUAUCACUAUGAUUUUAAGACAACCAGGAAAGAUUGUUAAUUAAAAGUAGUUAAAAAGCAAUAGCAUUGCUUUGAGAAAAUGA